AUGGCUCAAGCAGCAGCAGCGAACAUGGACCGCUCGCAAUGCGUGCCGCCGCAUUCUGGCGACCACAUUCUCCCCAACAGCCCGCUGUUUGGCAAACUGAUUCGUCACGCCAGACGCGGGCGUGUGGCUCUGCGGGAUCGGGGUCUGGGCGUUGAGAAGACGUACGCCGAGUUGCUCGACGCUGUGCUGGCCUUUCGCAAAGUCGUCGACGCAUCUCUGUCGUCGGACGCUCGCGCAAGGCUCCACCGCGGCGAUGAGGUCUACAUCGGCGUGCUUGCCGCGGGGGGCUUCGAGUUUACCGUGGCGAUGCUGGCUGUUCUGGCGCUGGGAGCCGCAGCCGUGCCCAUGUUCCCGACAGCACCCAUCAACGAGCUUGUCUACUUCAUCACCAAGUCGCAGCAGGCCGCCGUGCUCACGAGCUCCGCAGCGAGGGACACCGCCACACGAGCAGGCAAACAAGCAGGCGACGUCACGACCAUCGACAUCCUGUCCAAUCUGCCCGAAUCCCCGAGAUUCCGCGCAUUGGACAUGGCCAUGUCGUCGGACCCGCCGCAAGACGACCGCGCACCGGGAAUCGUCAUCUUCACAUCCGGCACCACGGGCCGCCCGAAAGCCGUCGUCCACCGGCGGACGUACACGCACGAAACGGCGACGUCGAUCGGCGAGGGCUACGACGUGGACCACCGCGACGUGCUCCUCCACCUGCUACCCGUCCACCACACCACGGGGCUGGGCACGUCGUUCUUCCCCUUCCUGUGCGCCGGCGCGUGCAUCGAGUUCGGCGGAGCUGCCACCGGCGGCUUCGACGCCGAGUGGGUCUGGGACCGUUUCCUCCGGGGAGGUCUGACCGUGUUCUCCGCCGUGCCGACCAUUUUCAUGCGGUUGAAGUGGGAUUUCGAACGGCGCAUCUCAAAGCUGGCCCCCGCCGAGGUCUCUCGCCAUGUCGCCGCGGCGAACCAGUUCCGCGUCCUGCUGUCCGGGUCGAGUGCCUUGCAGGACCACGUGCAGCAGUUCUGGACCGAGCUGCGCGCCGGCACGCCGAUCCUGACGCGGUACGGCGCCACAGAGUUCCCGGGCUGUCUGAAGGUGCCCAUGGACGCGGACCACAAGGCGCUGCCCAAGGGUUGCGUCGGCCUGCCCGUGCCGGGCGUCGAGUUGAAGCUGUCCGAAGGCAACGAGGGGGAACUGCUGGUCAAAUCGCCCUAUAUGUUCGCAAAAUAUCUCUACGACGCCGAGGCCACUAAGCAGGCACACGAUGACCAAGGGUGGUUCAAGACCGGCGACAUCGCCCGGCGGGACGGCGAUUUCUACACCAUCGUGGGCCGCGCCUCGGUCGACAUCAUCAAGUCAGGCGGCUACAAGAUCUCGGCCAUCGACAUUGAAAGAGAGUGCUUGAGUCUUCCCUAUGUCAAGGAGGCCAUGGUCGUCGGGGUCAAAGACGAGGAACUCGGCCAACGUGUCGCGGCUGUCAUUGCCGUGAAGAAGCAGCAGCCCCAGGAGGCCGCCAAUUUGACGCUGCAGCAGCUCCGCGCCGAUCUGCGACCGUCGCUGGCAAACUACAAGCUCCCGACCAUUCUGCGCGUCGUCGAGGGUGAGCUUCCCAAGGGCGUGACGGGCAAAGUGCAGAAGAAGGUUUUGGGACCCGAACUCAUCCCCUCGCCGGGAUAUGAGCUGCUGCCGGACGUCCAGGUAUGGCGGAGGGCGCAGAAAGGGGGCCGGUUACAGGCAAGGAUGUAG